GCUGGUUAGGAGAAGGGGAGCUGACGCUAGGAGAUGGGCGGACUAGAAUUGCAGUGAUUGACAACACCGUGCGAGUUACUCAUCAGUUUCGACAGGGCACUCGGUCAGUUUCAGCGCCGCAGGACCAAUGGCGACAGCGAGCUCGGCAUCAGCCGGCACCAGAGCCGUGGCUAAAGCCGGUCAGUUCCUAUCGUGCCGGCGUAUCCUGAGCGCCCAGUCGGUGCCGGGGUUCCGCCGCCUGAGCGCGGUCAAAGCCAGCGACCGUAACCGGUCCCGGAACACGCCGGUGCCGGAGACGGAUCGGUCGGUGCCUCUGGUCAGUCACCACCGGGCCACCCGUUCUCUCGUCUACCGGGACGUCAAGCUGUUCCUGAACGAGAUCGGUGCCGAUCCCAGGGAAGCCCGGUACUGGCUCACCCAGUUCCAGAGCGCCAGCAGCAGCGGCAACAAACUCUUCGCUGUGGUAGAGGUGGAUGAAGAGAUCUUCUGCUCGAAAGAGAUGGUAUCCAGUCUGGCAUUCGGCCUGGCAUUCCUGCAGCGAAUGGACAUGAAACCUGUGGUUGUGAUAGGAUUAUCAUGUCAGCAGGCUGGAGAGCAAUCAGCCUCAUUCACUGAAACCAAAUCCUUAUUACUCAAGAACUGCAGGAUCCUAACUGAUGCACUACACAGGAACUCAGCGGUCACGAUGCCAUUUUUUAAUGGGGGUUCCUUACUGCGAGCAGAGGAGACUUUGUCUCACAACAGUUUUGGGAACGUAAUAUCGGUGGAGGAAGAUCUAUUAAAUUGGAGCCUGGAGUCUGGUCACAUUCCUAUCAUCUGCUCUGUGGGAGAGACCUCUGACGGACAAUUAGUGCUUCUAAAUUCCUUGGGUGUCGCAGCAACAAUUGCCAAGUUAAUGCAACCCCUGAAAGUGAUGUUUCUGAACAAUUCUGGAGGUCUUCAGGACUGUGACAGAAAGUUUCGUCGUUCUCAAAGCGCCGCUUCAAGUGCCAAUGGGCGUUUUCAACAUCGAAUCUCUCUUGGUACCAGAUGUGGGGAGAACCUUCAGGUUGUGGGACAGAUCAAUCUUCCAUCUGAUCUAGAUCUUCUUUCAAAUGCCAACUGGAUUAGUCAAAAAGAGGAAGAGAAGGCAAAAGUGAUCAUGGAUCUCCUCAAUCACAUACCAUCAGAGUCAUCUGCAGUCAUCACUUCUGCCAACACCAUACUCGCAGAGCUCUUCAGUCACAGAGGAGCUGGUACACUAUUCAAAAAUGCUGAACCCAUCCGCAGAUACACAAGUCUCGAUGAAAUAGACACAACCCGUCUCAUAUCACUCAUAAAUAAAUCUUUUGGAAAAGAUCUACACAAGGACUACAUUUCAGUACUGAAUCCCAGGCUCCAUUCUAUUUAUUUAUCAGAAGGGUACAGCGCUGCUGCAAUCAUCACCAGAGAACCUGUCCUGAAUGGAAUGCCGUACCUUGAUAAGUUUGUGGUCAGUACAGAUAAACGUGGCCAAGGUACCAGCCUGAUGCUAUGGGAAUGUAUUCGGCAGGAUUUUGACUCUCUGUUCUGGAGAUCAAGGGCUACAAACAAAAUCAAUCCCUGGUAUUUCAAACAGUGCGAUGGAAGCUUUACAACUGGACAGUGGAUAGUCUUUUGGUAUGGCCUGUCUAACAUGCGUGACUCUUACGAACUAGUGGACCAUGCAGAAAGUUUACUUGAUUCAUUUAUACAACCCAAUCAGCCUAUAAAUCAACAACCAUCAUCUGCGACAGAAAAUUCAAAUUAAAUUUUGUCACUUUCUGUCCUAGUUUUUCUUUGUCAUCUGAAUCUGAAAAAUUGCUGCUGUAAGUUUAGAGUUGCUUUCGUUUCCUCCUUUGGGCAUACUAAGUUUGUCUGAACGUCUCAUCCUUUUUAAGCUGUUGAGUGGGAUUAGUUGCCUCUAAAUUCUAUUAUACUGAAAGAGUGAAGCAUUCUAUUUUUAUUAGCAUAAGGCUAGUAAAAUCAAAAUGGAGAGCUUCAAAAACAGUUAUAAAUUUUAAAAUCAAGUAUAUUUCUGUCAUCGACAAAAUAUUAGUAGUAAAUGAUAGCGAUGAUUGUUAAGUUUGUUUUUAUUAAAACUGAGGAGAUGCGCACACAGGCAGCUUGCUCACAGGCGCAUCAAAAAAGCUGUGCUAUCAGUCCUCUUUCACAAAUGUCCAGGAGGAGAACCAUAGACCAUUAAGGGAUAAGUAUGACUUCUACUGAUUCAGAGGAAGAUUAGACACAAAGUGCAGUCUUUUGGUCAAAACAGGUUGCUAAAUCAUACCUGAACUGAGGAAAAUGGAGCUAGUCUGAUGAGAACAAUUGCCUUGAAUAAGGUUUAAAAAGGCUAGAUAUACAUUGUAGAAACCUUCUAGAGGGAGGUAACUUUAAACUGAAUUCCAUAAAGCUCCUUGAAGCCAGUGUUCCUGCGAUUCUAUAUUCCUUAUACAUGACCUAAGAGAAAAAAGGAGAAAAAAGGUAGCUUAACAACCUUGAGGGAAUAUCCUACCUGUAUAAUAAAAAAGAACCAAAAGAACUGUGGAUGCUGUAAAUUAGGAACAAAAACAGAAGUUGCUGGAAAAGCUCAGCAGGUCUGGCAGCAUCUGUGAAGAGAAAAAUCAGAGUUAACUUUUCAGGUCUGGUGAUCUGAUCUUUUUUUUCCACAGAUGCUGCCAGACCUGCUGAGUGUUUCCAGUAACUUCUGUUUCUAUCAUUUUAAUGCAGUUUCAAGUGUGGCUUUCUUCAAUGAUAGAAAUGACAAAUGCAAAUCACAUUGGUAGCAACACAUACAUCCCUGGAAUGGUAGCAUAGUGGUUAGUUAAUUACCUGACUUGUAAUCCAGAGCCUUGGACAAAUGAUCCAGAGCUACACAAAUACAUAUAUCACUUUCAAUGUGUCAUGCAUCAGUGUCAUACUGGACAAAAUGGGAUUCCUUUCCCUCCAUCCCCAUACAGCACAUGGUCAUUGACUGUGUUAUGUUCGGCAGUAACCAUAACACCUUCAUUCUGCAGCAGUCAGCCUACAAAUGUGUCAAAGUGGCUCAAAAAACAAUCAUUGGAUGAUAAGAGCUUUCCUUCCUAUUUAAAUUAGCAGUCAGUACCUGGUUUGUGUGCUACCUACAAUACACCUACCAGUCCAAGGGGGAAUUGUGCUUGGUGGUCCCCCAUGUUCAUUUUCAGGCAUUAUGCAAAUUUAGCCAACACCAUAAUGCUGUUUAGCAUUAGAGGUUUGUGUGUCUGGAAAGGAAUGUGAAGAAAACUAUUAACAUGUCAUUUACAUGUGAGAAUUGAGCCUGCUAUUCAAGAUACAAGGAUAUCUGUGAGCAGUUUGGGUUCAGGUAUAAUGGGUUCAGGUAGGAGAUUUUCAUUAACUGUGUCUAUUUUCUUUCCGCAAUGGUUCCAUGUCCUAUCAUGGAC